GUCUUGCCGCUUUCUAUUUCGAUCUCCCUUUCAUGAUGAUAUCGUUCAUUUUUACAGUUCUGCUUCUGAAUACCCAUGAAAGAGACUGAACCAACGUUACAUAUAUCUGAUGUUAUUAAUUACACUUGUUUCUUCCACUGCUUCUGUUGAACAUUGGCUUAUGAGAUGCAGGCUUAGGAACUCCGGAAUACCUGAUGAUAUCGCCAGGAAGCAUUAACGUGAGUUGCACCUUUUCUUCGUCAUCCAUCUUGAAUGAUGAUACCUAGUCUAUCCAUUCUACGAUUCCUUACUUCCAAUCCACCCUCCCGCACCGGACUCGACUUGUCGGGGAUGAUUGGUUGUGGAGUUUUGCUUGCAUGUCAUUCUGGGUCCAGUGCUGUGGUGUCGUUCUGCUCGUCCUGGGUUGGAUGGCACUGUGGCCGGAAGUGGGAUAUGGGUUCAUCGGCUUUUCCUGAUCUCACCAACAGUCAAAUUGCUGGAACUACGAGUAUUUUCGAAGAUCUCGCGCUGACCGAUCAAGCAGAAGCAGGCUCUACUCCCAUAACGGACAUUGCGUACCUGGUCGGGUACUACAUGUACCUCACGGACUCGGGGGAUCGGUACCACCUUGGUGUUGCAUCACUCGGCUUCAAUUGUUUCGCCAGGGGUAAGGAUAUAGUUUGGGGCUCUGUUGCAGGCUCGCAGCGCCUGACCUCUGUAGAGCAAAUAGUAAAUUCAACAUGUAUUUCGGAAAAUUUUGAGAUCAAGUAAUCAAUUAUUCAUUUGAUACCCACGUAUCGAUCUCAGUAGUGGCGUUUGGCUAAACUUGAUUAAGCCGAAAUUCAAGAUCUAGUUAAUUUCUGAAUUAUUCUGAUACCUA